CCGUUCUCCGGUCCAGGGGUAAUAUUACCUCUUCGCAUCUCUAGGCCGAAUAAUUUUUUUUAUUUGGCUGACGGGCCAAAUAUUUAUACCUUCGUAAAAUUUAUUUUUAUCUCUAAAAAUAUUAACAAUUAAUUGGUUUAUCGAAAGAAAUGCAGAGAGGAUAAUCAACUCAAUAUAUUACAAAUGGACUUUGACCGUCAGAGGAGAGGACGUACUGCAAAUAUUCUAUGCUCUCUUCUGGCACACAACUCACAAAUAGUGAAAUAGUUAUUGAAUUGUAGCGGAGUUUUUUAAUUUCCACUAUAUUUUUAUUCAUUCUUUUAAGAAAUAAAACAAGCAGGAAAAAUGUCUGAAAACGUGAGCCCUGUGAAAUAUUUUUUGAGUGGAGGAUUUGGAGGAAUCUGUACAAUUGUAACAGGUCAUCCUCUCGACACAAUAAAAGUUCGACUGCAAACGAUGCCGAAACCAGGUCCAAAUGAAUCUGUCCUUUAUAAAGGAACUUUCGACUGUGCUAAAAAAACGGUUACCAAGGAAGGGUUUCUAGGUUUAUAUAAAGGAAUGGCAGCGCCACUUGUUGGAGUCGCUCCAAUUUUCGCGAUGAGUUUCUUGGGUUACGGAUUGGGAAAAAAAUUACAGCAACAAACACCGGAUGAAAAAUUAACACUUGCUCAAUUAUUCUACGCCGGGGCUUUUAGCGGUAUUUUCACAACCAUCAUCAUGGCUCCUGGCGAAAGAAUUAAGUGUCUUUUACAAAUUCAGCAGGGAGAGGCGAAACCAAAGUAUAGUGGUCCAAAGGAUGUAGUUAGACAAUUGUACAGAGAGGGAGGAAUUCGAAGUAUUUAUAAAGGAACCUGUGCUACACUUUUAAGAGAUAUGCCAGCGUCAGGAAUGUAUUUUAUGACUUAUGAAGGACUCCAGAGACUGAUGACACCAGAGGAUGGAAAACUUAGUUUACUUUCAACGAUAAUCGCCGGAGGUUUCGCUGGAGUUGCCAAUUGGAUUAUUGGAAUGCCUCCCGAUGUUUUGAAGAGUCGAUUGCAAACAGCGCCUGAGGGAACGUAUACAAGAGGAAUUCGUGAAGUCUUUGUUAAAUUGAUAAAAGAAGACGGAGCUCUUGCCCUUUACAGAGGAGUUGUUCCUGUAAUGUUGCGAGCAUUUCCGGCAAAUGCUGCGUGCUUCCUUGGCUUCGAAAUGGCCAUGAAAUUUUUAAAUUGGGCCGCGCCUAAUUUAUAAAAAAAAAUUCUGUAAAUAUUAUACUAGUUUUUUCGAACAAUUAAUUUAUUCCUCAAUGAAAGAAGGCUUGUUUUUUACUAUGUCUAUUUCCAAAAUGUCGAUUAUUGAAAUUUAAAAAAAUUAUUCAUUACUUGUGUAAAUAGAAAUUUUGUUUUUAAAUCACUGAUUCAUUAAUAAUCAAAUAUACUCGAUUUAUUUUUUAUUUUCAAUUUUUGAUGUCUAACUAUAAAAUCUUUACUAAACUGUAAAAUUAAUUUUUUCCUUAGAUUAAGAUUUUUUUAUUCAUAAUAUAUUUGUAAUUGAAAGUAAAGAUCUGAUGAAUUUUUUACGCUUUUAAAUAAAUUUGUUUAAAAAUACGAUUUUAUUUAAAAUCGAUAAAAUCGUAUUGAGAAAUAAAUAUUUAGAGAAAAAGUUUUUUGAGAGGAUAAAAUUUAAAAUAGUCGGCAGACUCUUCUUUAAAAGAAGAAGGAUUAAUAGUGAAACAUUCCUUCGUCAGAUGAUAUUUAAUUACCAUUUGUUAAAAUGAAAUGUAUAAUUAUUAAGAAUUGGAUUUUAUAAAAUUUUAAUGGAUAAAAAUUGCUAUUGAAAGUAUUUGAAAGUAUAUAAAGUUUUGUAAUAUCAAAAGUUUAUCUAUUGUUAAUUAGAAAAUGCAGGCUUCCUAAUAUUGACAUACACUGAGAAACAAUUAUUCUUAUUCUUCUUAAUUUAAAAAGAAAUUUGAAUAAUUGUGUUUAAUUCGAUUUAUAGGUUUAAUUUUAAAAGAUAGAAAAUAUUUGCCAGUUUAGUAUAAAAAUGUACGUUUAAAUUAAGUGUUAAAUCAACCACAAAAUGUGUUCGAAGCAAGUUUAAAUUAGAAAAAUAAAAGAAAAUCGAACUAAAUAUAAUAUUUUUGAUCCAAGAAAAUAAUUCUCUCCGUGUAUGUACAUAUUUCAAUUUAGGUAUUAAAUUAAAAUAUGUAAUAAAUAAUGUACAUACAUACAUAUCAACUUACGCUCAGAAA